CUGAGCUCAGCUGACGCGUCGAGUUGCGAGUUGAGAGUACGAAUUGCGAGUCGAGUCCGAGUCUUGAGGCGCGCGCGUUCGUUGCCUAAGUCAUUUGAUUUUCACUUUUAACUGUUUGGAAGCGCGCGCUCGCUGGCUUAAACCGUUAACCGUUACGCCGUGCACGUUACGGUUCCGCCACUCCAGUGUAUUAUAUCUCUCUCGAUCUGUGUAUGUGAAUUUGCUGUUGCUGCUGCUGCGACUGUUGCUGUAACUUACGCCGGAUUAAUGCCAACCGCCCCCUCCCCACCGCUGGCAGCAAGUGAAAGAGCAACGAAACUCUGGCGAGACACCAUGACAAGGCUCAAUUAGGCCGCUUAACGCUUUCCCAUUUCGUACUGAAAACUCAUUGAAUACCAUUGAAGCAUCUAUCCACAAUCCAUCUAGAACUAGAACUUGCUUGUCAUCGCCUCGCACCACUGACCUGCUACUUCAGCUGCUUCAAGGCCGGCUCCGCCAAGUGCUUGGCCGAAAUCUAAAAAAAAAAAAACGAAAUCAAACCGAACCGAACCGUACCAAACACGAAGCUUAUUUUCUUUUUGGUCAACAUCAACACCGCAUUACGAUAAUGAAUUAUCAGAAGGCCAGUGAAACGCAUUCGCCGUCCUCGUUCAAGAAGCCCAAACGGCCGCCGGGCAACGGCAGCGGCAAGAGCAACGGCAACGGCAUACAAAACUUUUGGAACGAACGCAUCAUGGAACGCUUUAUAAAGGCGAAUCUAUUCAUUAUCUGCUGCGUGGCAGCGGGCCUCUUGCUGAUUGUGUAUCUGGGGGCGUUCUCAUGUGAGGUCUCGUGGUUGCUGGAGGCGCACGGGGAGCUGCCCAUCGCCGCCUACACGCUGUGCACGCUCUACUUCGUCAUGUUUGUGGCGACCACCAUACUGAUCCAUGGCCUCGUCAGCGGCCUGUGCUGGCCAUUGUUCGCCUGGUCUGUGGUUAUUGGCCUGCUCUCCAUUCCAGAGCUGGUGCUGGUGAUGCUAAUGACCACACAGCAUUGGGGUCUGCAAUCGGUGCAUGGACUCACUGAGUUGACUUCCUAUCUGAUCAGGCUGAUCAUCAAUUGCCUGGCACUUAUUUGUGUCAUACCCACGGGCAUCAAGUGGCGUCGCGAGAUGCAGGUGCUCAACCAACUGCAAGGACUUGCCACGCGUCUCUCGCUGCAGACUCCGGCGCCAAGUGUGCCCAUGACCAAGGCGGACUCACGACGUUCCAGCCAGCGUUUGAGUGGCUUUGAGAAUGCCGGCUAUCAGUUGUGCGAUGAGACAAAGCUGCCUUUAGGCACUGGACUUAACAAUCAUCAUGUCAAUGGCGCAGCUUCACUCUUUGGCUCGCAGAACGAGUUUAAUGCCAGCAUGUUUGCUCCAGCGUUGGCUCAGCAGUUCACUAAUGGGAACAUGUUGCAAGCACAGCGCAACAGUGGAGGAGGCGGCGGAGGCAACAAUGGCAGCCAUCGCGCCCAGUCACUGAUGGAUCUGCGCUGCACACUGCCGGGCAUGUACAAUCCGCGACAUGUGCUGGAUACGGAGGACAAGAAUGCCAAGUACUUUAACAUCACCAUCGAUGAUCUGAAGAACAAUCUGCAAGACUCGCACAAACCAUCGCCGCCCUCGUUGAUUGGUUCCACCAGCAACGAUCCCAUCUACUGUUCCAUUGAGCCCAAGCAGCUGACGCCGCCACCAGCUCAGCUGCGUCACUAUCAGCAUCAUCAUCAGCAGGCAGCAGCAGCUGCGGCAGCGGCAGCUCAACGUGGUGGACAGCCAACGAAGCUGGCACGCAACUGCAUCUCGCUGGAGAAUCUCGAUGGCAUUAACAAGGUGCAGAACGAUCUGGCCGCCUAUGGCAACAAUCUGCUGCAGAACUACACGCAACAGCAGCAAUACUAUCUGGCCAUGCUGCUCAACAAUCCACUGCAACAACAAGCAGCGGCAGCAGCGGCUGCUGGUCUCUAUCGUCGUCCCUCCGCCUGUAGCUCGACGGGAGGACACACAGUGUUGGCUCAACCGCUGCAGCGUCGCGGCUCCCAGCAGCAAUUGCAGUACUACGGCGGCUUUGGCUAUGCCAACUAUGCCAAUCCUUAUAUUACGGCCAAUAGCAAAUUGUCGCUGGGCAACGAAUCGGACGACUAUCGCAAAUACCGAGAUGUGGCUCUCUAGGUGGCAUUAAGCUUCCAACGUUAGACUAAGUUCCAAGUCAUUGAAAACUAUUUCGCAUACUCAUUACUCAUUAGCUAUGUAGGUUAUAACAAGCAGAAAGAAAGAAAGAAACGUUCGACUACCACAAAUGACAUUCCGAGGCAUCGGCAUAACGACCAAAGAGCCACAAACUAACUCAGUUCAAGUUCAGUUCGUCAACUAACGUUUUUAU